AUUUAAAUUGGCCUAAGUGAAAAUGAAGGAACACAUCCGCAAAACACAUUUGUGCAAGAAGGCUCAAAAAGCACUUCUCAGAUGGUACGAGGCUGAAAAUAUCGAUGGUAUCAAGUCAAAUCGAUCAAUAGCUCCUACUGAAAUCUCAAAGGAAAUCAACGAGCUUAGUCCAUUUCUGCAACAAUGAAUGGCACAUAAAGAUUCUUUCGACUCAAGGAUAAGUAUUGAAGAAGAUAGAAUAGACUCCAAACAUCAAGAGUACCAGAACUAUUUGCUGUCAAAGCAGCUAGAGUUCAAGAAAUAUCGUCUAAAUAUUUUCUACCUGAACCACUAUGCCCUCAAAAUUCAGCAUUGAAUCUUCAAACUCUCCAUACUAAAGAAGCUCAAGGCUGCUAAAUGUCCAUGAUGAAACAAGCCGAGGAACCCUAAAAAGAAAGUUAAAUAGAACUGGACAUCGAAUCGACUGAGCCUGCUUAAAAUGAAGCAGCCUUUUAAUGAAAUAACUUGCUCCAGCUGAAGUCAAAAUCUGUGAAGAACGCCAGAUCUGAGAAAUUGAACAACACAUCUGCCUCCAAUUCCUCUAUUGAACAGAAGGACUUGAGCACAGCUUCAGAGAAAUCCAAGAAAGAGGAAACUAAGCACUUUGAUGCACUCGAGGCAUAUGGGCAGCCUAAUCAUCUCUUUGAAAUCCCCAAAAAGAUAGGAAGGAGCACCUUCAUUUAUGACUCUGAAAUUAUGAACAACUCUCGGAGUGUCCAGAAUAGCUCAAACACUCAUAAUAUUUCUUCUGAAACUUUCGAAAAUUACACGAAAAAGCAAAGCAGGACUGAUAGCAGACAGCCUAAAAAUCUUAGUCGACAGAGAGGAACCAAAGGAUCAUCUAAGGAUAGACACUCCAUGAUUUAUAAGCAAAAAGUUUUCUCUGCUGAAAGGGACUUCUUAAACUCGUCUUCAUCUCCGAAAUCUAAAAAUUGUCCCUCAAAUUUUAGAUCUAUUGGAUAUGAAGAACCUAAAGACUUUGCAAAGAGAAGAAAUAGUGGAGCCCAUACAAGAACUAACAAAGCUGUAAAUUCAAUAUCAGCAAUUAUAAACACUAAAGAGAUGACGAUCAAAGUGAGCCAGAAUCAGGGUACAACUUCAGUUAAAAAGUCUCAGAAUAAUAAAAUCUCAAAAGGAAAGAAGAGCAACCAUAUUUGUAACAAAUUUGAGCAUAGUGUCCUUUCCAAGAAAAGCAAUUAUAAUGGAUACAACCUCAGUCAAGAUUACAGUUUCGCACUAAAAGCUUUGGGAACUAAGAAGCUUCAAAAUUCGAAAUCCAGCGGUAAACUGAACAAAAAGUUGAUUUCCCAAAGAUCGAAUGACCAGAGAAAGAAGAGUAAAGGAGGAUCCAAGACUAUCAGCAAGAAUCCUUCAGUCUCAAAGAAGAGAACCAAAUCGUCUAACAGAGUGAAGGAGAAUGACUUCAAAAAUGUUCUCAAGCCUGCUCAGGAUAACAAUAUCUCCUCUGAGGUUGGAAUCCACACGAGGAAAUCAGAAAAGUUUCAUCUAAAUCCAUUGAGAGAAGAAUUUACAUAUGAAAAGGAGAUACUCAAGCCUCUUAUUGCUCCUCAGAAUGAAGCCAUUCUGAAGGAAAAUUACUCUAAAACAGCUCAUAAAAUAGUAAAUAGGCAUCGAGGAGUUAGAGAAGAAACUUAUUCUCCACAUUCAGUGGUUUUACAGGAGAACGGGUUGAGCAAGAUUACAUGAAAUAUCUUCAAGUCCCACGAAGGAGGUGACUCUCGGAAGAGUAGUAACUCAUCUAAAAUAAGUUCGAGCGAAAAGCACCCUCAUAAAUUAUCUCAGAACCAGAACUCUAAAUAUGUAAAGAAACAGAAGAAAAUAUCUAAGUAUAAUAAAUCUUUAAUGGCGUACGAAGGUGUGAGGAAGGUAACUGAGUAUACCCCAAAGCUUGAAACCGACGAAGCAGAAUAUUCUCCAGACAACCUGGAAGUUUAUACAAAGAAAUCAGAGCAUCUGACUUAUCAAAAGCCAAUCAGAUCUCAGGAUAUUGAUCAAGAAAAUGAGAUACAGGUGGUUAGCUCUUUGAAUUCAUCCAGAACCAUGACAAAAGAGGUUUGCGAAGAUUCCUCAGCUCCAAAAGAUGAAGAAAUAAGAGUAAGAAACACCCCAACACCUGAUACAGAUACGAACAAAAUUGAGAAAAUACUUCCUGAUUCUUAUGAAGCAACUGAAAAACCAGUUAAAAAUAUGAAUAACCUUUUAUCAAUGAGUAAUGAAAUAUUUGAUGUUAUGGAUUCCCAGCAUCUUGAUGGAGACCUCGCUAGUAGUCUGAGUUCCCAAACUUCUCAGCCUGAUUAUGACAAUAUGGCGAUGGAAGCUUGGGAAGAAGUUGAUAAAAUAAAGGAAGAUAAGCCUCAGAAGCAAGUUAAACUCCAUAAUUAUACAACACCUGAGUCGAACUGGGUAGAUGACUACAACAAAGGAUUUCCUUCUAAAAUAAAGACUAAUGAUAUUGAUGUGAUUGAAGAAGAUAUUGAAAAUGAGAUAGAUUCUGAUUAUAGCAUUACUCUUAAUGCAAAGAACAAUCAGAAGGACUUCCCUGAUUCCUUAGCUAAUACAGACUCUGAAGGAGAAAUAGACUUUCUUAGAAUUUCGAAAGAUGCCCUCUAAACUGGAAGUACAAAUAGGAUUCCUUGCAUUGCAAAGAUUAU